GAAAUAAAACGAUUGUCGCAAGAACAACGAUACAUCAUCCAAAAAACUUUUAAAUAUUUGUAUAAUGAUCCCCAGAAAAAUGGACAAAAAAUUUUUGUUCUACUACUCGGCGACUUCCCAGAAUACAAACAGAUAUGGCCACAAUUCAGUGGCAUUCCGGAUAGUUCAAUCAUAACAGCAGAUGUAGUUAAAGAACACGGGUUGGUCUACUUAGCCGGGCUUAAAGCCAUUAUUGAUAGUAUGCCGUAUGAAGAAAAAUUAGUGAAAACGAUAAACAGAAUUACCACUGCACAUUUGAAGUGGAACAUUUGCAAAAGUCAUAUCAUGGUAUGGAAACAUGUCGAAGAAGCUUGGUUUACACUAUUCGAUGUGAUUGGAAACCUAGUAGAUACAUUCAAGUAA